AUGACUAUCGACAACAACUCCGAUAUUUCGUCCAACAUCAAUCUCCCUCCGACCCAGGAGACCGGCGGCUUCGUGACUGUUAUGGAAGCAGUUCUGAAUGUCUGCGCUGGGUCGGCCAUGGGAGUCAGGAAGGCCAAUGAGGUGAAAACGCUGCUGGACAGAAUGCAUGCGAUGUAUACGGGCGCGCAAGAAGAUCUGUGUGAGGGUCAGAGAAAGUUAAUCAAGGUUAUGGAAGAGCACGGUAGGGUCAAAGAGGAGAUUUCGAGGAUAAACAGGUCCGGCAUGGCCACGGGUCUGGGGGUGCAGCGUACGGAAACACUGGGAACUGGCGGGAUGCCCAGCAGACCCGACAGGGACGGAACUUUGAUCUGGGUGACCGGUGGAGACAUCAGAGAAGACAGGAGCACGGAGCAUCGCCUCCGUAUAGUCGGAAGAAUUGGCUGUAAAGCCGAAGUAGUGGUGCUAGACAGCUUUUUCGCGAAAGAUGGCAGGCUAGGGAUCAGAGUAGCUGAAGGUGAUGUAGGCGGUGCCGUACGUGCGGCCGUAGAUCUUGGGUAUGAAGGGAAGAGCCCUGGAUCCUUUGAGCCUGAGUUAUUCAUAAGGGAAGUCGGCUCGAUCAGUGAGCAGACGUUGAAGGAUGCUAUAGGUGAAGAAUGCACAGCAGUUUACAAAAGGGGCCUCAACGCCUUUGUAAGAGUGAAGAAGUGUGGAACCCGAGCUGAAACACAGGAGGAAGAUGUGCUAUCGAUGCUGUGA